CUCAAACGCGCAUCAUCGAACCCAUACUGCAAGUUUACAAUCCAACACUAUUUCAAUAUGCAUGAAUUGUUGUGCAGCUGAAAACUCCCUAGUCAACAGAAAAUGAGCAAAUAUCGUGCAAUCUUUCAGUCCUUUCUCAAGAGAGAUCUUUCUUGGGCCUAUCAGGAAAUCGUCGCUGAAGCCUCUGUGGUGCUUUGGGUGACUUGCCAAUUGUGCGUAACUUUGGCCACUCGCAUCCUUCCUAGCUGGAGACCAACGAGAAGCGCUUCGUGGGAUGCAACGUAUUUCGAUGGCGUCCUCAGUUUUCUUGGAUACGGCCUCGAUGGUUGUUUUUGGCAUCGUGUGGCCUUUCACUGGCGAGAACCUGUCGAGGGCACGCAAAAUUCCAGGUUCAGUUCCAUAUUCUUUGGACAUAUUGGUAUAUCGCUGUCUCUGGGCAUAACGGCCACCUUUUUCCUGUGGUUUGCUGGCUACCUUUUUGCCAACCGCCAUUGGCGUUUACCUCAGUACACAUCACACCACUUGCCACUCUGUCAUUCAUUAAGCCGAUACUUCGGUCAAGCAUACAACGAUUCACCUUAUGUAAUCAAUGCAGAAUCCGAAUCAGAAGCUGGCGGGGAUCCUCAAAACACCGCUGACGCUGUACAGAUACCCAUAUCCACUGCGAGCUCUUCGGCUCUUCAAGCUGACCAGCGACUGGCUUAUUCCACCAUAAAUGAUAUUCCAUACAGAUGGCGAGGGGCUUUGAAGAUAGGAUUUUUGGGGGGUGUUAUUAUGCCGUUAACCUGCCUAUCCAUAUUUUUGUGGGGGACCUUCUUGACAAUACCGCUGGUUUGGUUAGCAGAAUUUGUUACACGGAUCAUCGUCCUGUAUUACGGAGAAGCAGCAAUUUUUCCUUGUUGUGUUUUUAUUAUCACGGCACUCUCGAUAUACUGCUGGGGAAGAAUGUGGGGAUUGUGGAUGCGGGAAAGUUAUUUGUGGGCCCUGUGGAACAAGAUCAGGUUAUUAUGCGGAUGGCGACCACCUGCCCUAGUACUCGAUGCAUGUCCCAGACAGUGUGAAAUGAAUGAAUCCAACGCCAAGCUUGUACGGAUCGGGGAAGUGUGGUUUGGACUUUUCGCAUACGGUGCUGCUGUUUUGUUCAACGUGUAUCCGCUUUACGAAACGUUUCCCCAGAUUUCUAUUGAUGCCUGGAAGCCGGUAACUGUCACCUUUAACUGCGUGGUCAAUUUAUCGCUGGAAUUCCAGAUGCUGACACCGAAGAUGGCUGUGCUCUCGCAUUGGGUGGAUGAGAGCUAUCUGCUGGAAAAUUGGCUGGAAAACGAUACCUACGCAACCAGUUUCCGGGAACCAUUGGUUAUAUCGCCAGUAACGGGAAUCGUUCUUAUGUACUGGAGCGGAACAGUUACCGUUUUGGCGGUGCUGGCUAUGAUACCUCCGAUUGUGGCUCUUGUCCUCUUACCUUGCAUUAUGGCAAGUGCUGAUCAAGCACCGCAACCGCCACGGCAACGGUGCAACGAGACAACUAAUUUUUGUGGGUGCGCAAUGUGGAUGCCUGCCCUACGCUUCCUUAUUAUUAUCAUAGCCAGACCGCUGAUGUGGUACCUGCUACCGUGGCCCGUGAUGCGGUUCCUUCUACCGGAACAUCUGCAGCUGCCCGGCAUGUUCUUCCUAUCGACGACCAUUCUUGCAUGGGCGUAUUAUGAAUGGAUACGGUAUAAUGGAUUACAAUGGAGAUUUGGUGCUAUUACAUCGUGUUUAUGCAGAUUUUUCCAACGGAAAGCGGCACAUGCAUAAGAAACCCUUCAACAAGAUGAAGGAAAUGCUUUAACGAUUCGAAGAUGAUUCUCAAAAGCACACCGUUGGUCAAUCUGCCCUUUCUACAUAUACUUCGUGCCACCAAGCUCAACAGAAUGCACCGCAAAACUUCCAUACUGACGACUAGGCGACUAAAAGAACAGAAAAUUGUCCGUUACUUAGUCAACUUGAUUCAGAAUUUCAUCCUCAAGAUUGUAUUGCAUCAAUGUAUAGUAUGUACCUAUUUAUUUCUUACGCCGGUUAUUUUUUGUCAUAGCGGCUAAUGGCCUACAAGUAAAUGCUGGAAACUUUGGACAAUUUGGGAAUGACCAUUUCAA